AUGUCAGACAUGGUCCCCCUGGAAGAGAGGUACAAGGCCAGCAUGGUCCUGAGUGGAGCAGGAGAUGCCCUGGGCUACAACCAUGGUAACUGGGAGUUUGAAAAGGAUGGAGCGUUCAUCCAUGAGGAAGUGCAGAAGAGAGGAGGUCUAGAGAAGCUGGAUGCCAUAGACUUCCCUGUUAGUGAUGACACCAUCAUGCAUCUGGCUACAGCUGAGGCUCUGGUCAAGUUAGGGUUUGGGGAAGGGGCGUCCCUCCCUGUGCUGUAUCAAGCCAUGGUGUAG